GAGUAAAUCUGUCAAUAAAUCUUCUCAUUUAAAAAGGCAAAAUAAUGCAUGACUUUUGAAUUCUUGUCUCCUCUCUUAUGAGACCGAAACGCGACCCUUGUAAACGAUGCAGCCGAGAUUCGUUAAACCUGGACGCUACGCUUUUUGAGUUUUAUGAAAAAUUAAUAAACGCUUCUUCGCAAACCAUUUCAUCUUCGUUUGAUUACAAUUCGCAUGACAUGUUAAAUAAACUGGGCAAAUUUUCUCGAAAUAAACUGCGUUCGAAAAAUGACAACUAUCACAGAUUACUUUUGUUAUACCGAGACCGAGACUAGUUUCCCAAACGAAAUUAGUUUCCCAAACGAAGAAAUGGACAAUAGAGUUCCCAUCACGAUGAAAACAAAUAACUCUGUGUUUUUACCCAUUUAGAAAUAAGGAAGUCUUUUUUCAAAUGACAUUUAAUGGCUAAAAUAUGGAUUUAGGACGAAGUAUCCCGGUGGUUAAGGAAAAAAAAGCGAGUUUUUUAAAUUUAAUAAAUAUAUUUGGAAAACAUCAGAUUUUGGCCGCUGUUCUAAUGUAAGGUUAUUAUGUUUUCUAAACAUUUUAUUUUGUAAUUGUGCAUUUUCUUGCCUCACUAUGCUCAAUUCCCCCCGAGACAGCUGCCGCGCACAGUUCAAUCCCCAUUGUCUCUAGACUACUAAGGCCUUGUGAAUUUAUUCAUGCCACGUGAAAUUCUGAUUUUUUCUGAAUAAAUCUCAGACGCUUCACGGUCAUUUUAUUUCUUAUGAACGCCAGAAUUCCGAACAUAACAUUCUGGAGAAGAUCUUUGGCCAAAUAGCAGGCGAGUGUAAUUUGCAUUCAGAUCAAAGCACCGGAACUGAGCUUGUAUGAUAAAUUUCCUACAUGGCGGAAAUCUUCUUGUUCGAAAUGAUUGCAAUUGCCUUAUAUGGCAAAUUUAAUAACAAUAGAAGCUCUGGACUACAUGCGGCUUGUUUUUGACUAAAGACUCUUGAACACUGGAGCGCCAGUGAUGCUCGUAUGUCAAUUUUUAUUCGGCACUCUGGGUAGCACAACGCUUACACGUUUUCCCGCGCUAGGCAGGUGACGAGCCCGCGCUCGCGGCCAAUUAUCUGUGUUUAUGUACAGGCCCUUGACAAUGGACUCUGCUAUAUUCUGAAUUUGCGAAUACAAUAUCCUCUAAUCAAGCUAUUCAUACUUCGCUGCUCAACAAUAUUGCCAGCUGUGACGUCACAAGCUUAUCAGGUAACGAUUGUCGACAAGAGUACCUACCUCCGGUGGCCGAGAAAAUAGCAUGUUCGUCAUAUCUACCCAUCACAAACAGGCAGGAGUCGCGCGGGCCGCAGGCAACAAGAGCUUCGGUCGGUAAGGCUUUCGCGCUCGCCAAAUGGGGGUUUUCUUUCUAAACUUCCUCAGGGCGCUGAAAGGCCCGACUAAAAAUCUAGUCUUACGAACAACUCUGUUCUUAGUGUAUCUACUAUUUGGAGCAGCAGUUUUCCAAACGAUCGAAUCGGGAGCGGAGCACCGCGAAAUUCAUCACUUUGACAAAGUACAAAAAAACAUGAAAGAAAAGUACAACAUUUCAGACGAGGAGAUGAGUAAUUUCUUUUCAGAAAUUUCCAAAGCAAUCGACGAUGGAUAUUUUGAUGUGGCGUACGACCGAUGGAGUUUUGCCGGUUCUUUAUUUUUCACCGGCACCGUAGUAACAACAAUUGGUUACGGAAAAAUGGCUCCGAGUACGGUCUGGGGACGAAUUUUCUGUAUAUUUUACGCCAUAUUUGGCAUCCCAAUCACCGGCCUGAUGCUCAAAUCGAUCGGAGAACGGAUUACCGAAACAACGGCAAACUUCUGGAAAUUUGUCGACUCAAGGAUCUUCAACAGAGAACCUCGUAAAAUCUACCUUAAGACUGUGGCAUGCAUAUUCAUCAUGGUAGCGGGAAUGAUCUUGUUUCUGGCAGGCAUAGGUAAAAGCUACGAGGGUUGGACAUUUUUCGAGGGAGUUUAUUUCGCUUUUAUCACGCUUAGUACAAUCGGUUUUGGAGAUUUCGUGCCUCAGCAUCCAUCCAACAACGAGAAAGAUCACCCUGGUUACGUCAUUGCCUUCACCGUUCUCACAUUUGUCUACUUCACGUUUGGUCUUGCAGUCGUCUCCAGUGCCCUGCUGGCGAUUAGUCGGUUAUUCGAGGACGAGCCACCCUGGGGCUUUAUUUCCUUGAUGGGAGGGGAUGAUGGGGAAGAUGACGAAAGCGAAAAUCUUUUGCGCGAGAAGAAAAAAGCCCAAGCGAAGGCUAAGAUGGCGGAAAGCAGUGGUCCUUAAUGUUUAUCUGAAUUAGAGAAAGCUAGAACAUUUAUCAUCUUAAUUUAUGUGGAUUUAUUAUAUCAAUUUAUGAUAAUUAUGUCGUCGGGGAUCAUUGCGUUGAUUUAGUUUCGGGAUUUGUCAUCUGAAGUCACGUGACGUCAUAUUGAGGACCAUAGCUCGUGCAGAUGGCUGCGAAAAAGAAAAGAACUCAUAACCACGAUCUUUAACGCCAGCGGUUAGUCGGGAACCUGAAGAACAGUUAAACGACGAAAAGACAUGCUUGAGAAAUAUUUUUACUACAGGAAAAGCUGUGAAAUUGAAAUUUGGGACGCUGAAAAACUAGUGGAUGCCACCUCUAGAAUGAAGCUGAACUGCAAGGCAAGACGCUCGCUUUGACCGUUUGAGUGGAAUGCCUCCCCAGCACGGAACAGACUCGCUUGUCGCAAGGAACAUCCAUGAAGAUAAGAGCAUUGCCUUUUCGUGGAAAAGCAAAUGUUAUUUACUGGUCGUAGCUCUUAGAGACGAAAUGACUUUGCCACAGAAUUGAAGGGCUGGAUGUUGCCGGUCAAGAGACAAAAUUGGAUCCACAAAUUAGGUAGGAACGAUUUGGUGGUUAGAAAUUUAAAAUGGUACGUGUUUGUCAGAGCUCGAGAUGUGAAACG